AUGGCCAGUGAAGAGAUUGAGUCCUCAAAGUUUCUGAAGGAUAAAGAGGCGGGCGGAAAUGGGAGUGAAAAGCAGGAAGAGCUGGACUCUUCGGAUACCACAUGUGGUUUCUCAAUAUUCAAGGGGGCCGCUUUACAGAGAUUUGCUACUGCGCAUAUGUUUGUGAUAAUGUACGGAAUAGCCAGCUGCUUUCUGGCCAUGGCCUUUACCUACUUCACCGGAACCAUUACGACGAUGGAGAAGCGCUUUAAUAUACCCACCAAGAUAUCGGGACUCAUAACGGUGGGCAAUGAUAUAAGCACAGUUUUCUCCUCGGCCCUUUUGAGUUACUACGCGAGUCGAGGACACCGCCCGCGUUGGGUUGCAUUGGGCCUCCUCAUUAUAGCCCUUUUCUGCUUUCUCAUGUUGACCCCGCACUUUUUCUACGGAGCUGGGGAAGAGGCCUUGCAACUCACAGAAGAGUACGGUUUGGAGGAGUCCGUUGUGAAUUCUUCUGUAAAUUCCACUGAGAAGAAUGACUCACUUUGUCAUGAGAAGGACUCCAAUUGUAUAGAGGGAGCUGGGGACUAUAAGCCAGUAGUCCUGUUCUUCAUCGCUCAGUUUAUCGGCGGCAUCGGGUGUUCUCUCUUCUACGCUCCGGGUCUCUCUUAUAUGGAUGACAACUCCGCGAGUUCCAAAACGCCAGCCAUGCUAAGUUGGAGCACCUUUUUGCGGAUGCUGGGCCCUGCCAUGGGUUUCUCCAUGGUCUCCCUGUGCCUCCGGCUCUACAUCGAUCCCUUCAAGAAGCCGCUGAUCACCACGAAAGAUCCCCGCUGGAUGGGUGCCUGGUGGCUGGGUUGGAUUCUCCUCACCUUCAUUCUGACCAUCUCGGCCUUCUUUGUGGGCAUGUUUCCCAAGGAGUUGCCCCGGGCCAAGGCCAGGCGUUUAAAGGCAGAAGGCGAAGAGGAUACCCCGCUGGCGGAGCGCUCCCUCCAGGACAUGCUGGGCUCCCUCAAGCGACUGGCCGCCAACAAGGUGUACGUGUACAAUAUGCUGGCCUCGAUACUCUACUUCUUCGGCUACAUGCCCUACUGGAUAUUCACCCCGAAGUAUAUAGAGAUCCAGUACCGACAGUCGGCAUCGACAGCCACCAUGGCCACGGGCACUUGGGCCCUGGGAUUCUCGGCAGCGGGAGUUCUGAUCUCCGGCUGGGUGAUCUCCAAGUACAAGCCGAGUGCCCGGGCCAUGGCUGCGUGGAACUUUGUGGUGGACUACCUCACGGUGGCCGGACUAAUUUGCUAUGUUCUGGUGGGAUGCGACGAGGGUGACCGGGCCAAUUCCAUGUCCAUUGUGCCGACUGGCGAUAGUUGCAGUGCCUCGUGUGACUGUGAAUACGUGUACUACGCUCCGGUUUGCAGUCCUGAGAAUAUCACCUAUAUAUCCGCCUGCCACGCGGGAUGCACCGAAAAGGGGUUGGACGAACUGGGAAGGAUUAUUUACACGGGCUGUCGGUGCAUGGGCAAUGCCCUUAACCUGACUUCCGACUUCUCUAACUUCUCACUUGAUGCCCAAUCGCAGAUCGCCUUGGAUGGAGCCUGUCCGGUGGACUGCAGCAAGCAGUUCGUCAUCUUCAUGGUGGUCAUGUGCUUCCUUAAGUUCGUGGGCGCCACUGGGAGGUCGAGUAACCUGCUCCUAGCCCUGCGUUGUGUUCCCUCGAAGGAUAAAACAUUUUCCCUGGGCUUCGGCAGUAUGGUUUACUCCGUGCUCACCUUCAUUCCCAGCCCCAUUGUCUUUGGCUGGAUGCUGGACAGCUAUUGUCUGGUUUGGGGAAAGACCUGCAGCUCCAAGGGUAACUGCUGGAUAUACGACACAAAGUCCUUGAGGUACACUAUGAACCUAGUGUGUGCUUCUCUGAUUUUCCUGGGAAGUUUCUGGAACAUUGGUGUCUGGUAUCAUGCGAAGAAUAUGAAAGUCUUUGAUGAAGAGGAAACAGCGCCCCAAAACAAUCAGAUUGAAGAAAUGGAACUUAAGCAAAAACCAAAAGAAAGCGAUACAAAAUAAAAAACGAUAUAAUUAAA